AGCCUGUUGUACCAGCACAUCCACCUAAUUCCUGCCCAAACUGCAGUGAGAGCAAGUUCACAACUUUAAGCUCCAAUAAUUUGUGCAUCUUUGUAACUUUAAGUGGUGCAAGUGCGGAUAUGUAGAUGAAGAACUUGGGAAAGCCAUGCACCAGUCUGGUUUUUAUUCAACUGGAAGAAAUAGUAGCACUUUCUACAGCAUAAAUCUAUUGGAUUCCUGGCAUUUUCUCAAGAGAAGCAGCCCUGGAACUUCUCUUCAGGCAUUAGUUAGUGCACUGGAAUUAUUUGGUGCUUCUCGAGGGCGUCAUGGUCCCAUCAAUUUUGAAACAACAAAAAGAGUCUUCUUUGAAUGGCGUUUCCAUCAGUAUGAACUUGGGAGAAUAAAAGGAGAAUUUGACAAGGGGUGCCCUGCAUGUGAUACAACACCUGUGGCUGUACAUAUUGAUGGCAACAAGAAACUGUAUCGUUACAACAAAGUUGGGAGAGGGAUCAGAAACUCAUAUUAUUCUGGUGGUAUCUUCGCUUGUGACAAAGAAGUUCAAGAUCACGUUUCCACUAUUCAGAACCUUAAAACUCAAAGUAGCCAUAUGUGUGGAGUGUCGACAUUGAAAGCUGCCAAAAAUAAACCUGUUUCAUUUAGAAGUUUGGAUGAAACUGGCAUAAGCAUGGCUUCCUGUCGACAUGGAAUUAUUCUUGCUGCAUUAAAUAUGUAUCAGGGAGAGCUCUACAGUUAUGCCCACUAUUUGCAAAUGAACCGUUUACAAAAUGUGUCCUUCAUAUGCCAGGAUAUCAUCUGUAAAUACUGGCCAUGGGCCUUAAAGAUUUCAUCAAGAGAACAGAAGUUCUCACUUAGGCAAGGAAAGCCUUUUUUAGGAGUCCUACAUGCCAAAGGACAUUCUUGGUAUUGUCAGGUUUUGUAUGGAGGGCGGUGGCAAGAAGGAAGUGGCCUGACAUCUGGGGAGGAGGCAGAGCAAGUAUUUUCCUACCUUUCAAGAUAUAACAACAACACUAAGAACAUGCUUAAAGCUGAGCGUACAGAAGAACUGACAGAGGGGGCACUCUUUUGGAAUCACAGAAAAAUUAAUGGAAUGCCUCGGGCAUUAGUUGCCAGAUUCAGAAAGGCCACAGAGACAGCUGCAGCAGUUUCAAAUGAGAUUCACAGGCUUAAUGUCCCAGAAUCUGUUAUUGAGAAAUGGAGAUCAGAAUUACUGAUCAUUGCAAGAUCCUUAAAUAACAGAUCCUCUGCCAAUAACAUUGAGCAUACUAUCGAGGCAUAUGGAGAGAAUAUAAGGCAUCGCAAAAAUCAGAUUACCACUUAUGCAGUUUCAUCUAAAAUGAGAGCUGUAUUGAGAAACAAAAAUGAAGUUGAGAAAAAAAAACUACGAGAUCUCAUAAAAAUCUACAAUCAGAACCAUCCGGAUUUGUCUGAAGCAGAUGUUUUAACUGGCAUCCUUCCAUGGCACAAUUUAUUGCUUCAUCAAAACACAAGUGUGUCCCUGACUGAAAAAAGAAGUGCAGUGGAAAAGUUUGAGCUCCAGAAGAGAUGUAGAGAGGAGGAAUCACUAACCAUUCAAGAAAUGAUAACAUGGUUACAGUACUACAAAAAGAAAAGGGACAAACUAUCCGAGUAUAUUCAAGAAUUACAAUGUGAUUCUUUCCCUUCAUGUCUCUGCAAGGAUUCUAACACGUACACCAUUGAAAACCCAAUUCUGUCAGAAGAAGAGAAACGUGGAUUAUUGGCUCUUCUCAAGCAGGGUCAAAAGCAAUGUGCUGACAAGCUUACUGAAGCCAAACAUUUAUUUAGUUCCUACCAGCCAAAUGAGGUCUAUGAGCCUUUCUUGGAGCUCUUAGAAAGUGAUGAAGAUGAAGACAUGUAUUUACAAAAUGAAUAGAUACAAAUGAACAAAUCCACAAGGGCCAUGAUGAGGGUUCGAACCUAUGUCCGAGAGGAUCCCACACGAGCCUUAAUGGACUGUGUUACGACAUGGCAAAAGAUCGUAGAUUUAAGGCAUCACGCUAUUGUGAUUUCUGUGUUUAACAAAUAGAUACAAGAUAGGCUUUUAAAUUUUUAAAUUUUUACUUACUUACUUUUGUCCUGUUGCUUGGUUACAUGAAUUGACCACACAAAUUAUGUUGCUUAGUUACAGAGAUUCUUAUAACUACGUGAAUUUUGUUCAUUUAUAAGCCCAUUAUGUGCCUCUAAAAAUUUCCACUGCCACUCACAGGAUGGGUAUGUUGUGCAUAAUAAAUAAACUAAACUAAUAUUUUAUAUGCAUAUACUUUUGUCUUUUAAUACAAUAAAACUGGAUUAUAUUAAAAUAUUUUCCU